CGCCCAUCACAGCAAACAACGCAAUAGAACACUCCCAAACCCACGAGAACGAAAAGGCAAAACGACAACACAGAGACCAAGACGACCUCAUCUCAACCCCAGCCCAAGAUGUACACCAUCUUGCCCAACGGCAUCCGCGUGUUCUACCGCGAAGCCGGCUCACCGUCGAAGCCCACAAUCUUGCUCCUCCACGGCUUCCCUGCCUCAUCGUUCCAAUUCCGCAACCUGAUCCCGCUUCUUGCGGAGAAGUACCACGUCGUGGCACCCGACCUACCUGGCUUCGGGUUCACUGAAAUCCCAGAUAACCUGAACUUCAAAUAUAGUUUCGCCAACAUCGCCACCACGAUCGGCUCGUUCUUGGACGUCCACAAGAUCGACAAGUUCGCAGUCUAUGUCUUCGACUAUGGCGCUCCUACAGGCUUCCGUCUCGCCCUGGAAUGUCCGCAGGCCAUCACAGCGAUCAUCUCCCAGAACGGCAAUGCCUAUGAAGAAGGCCUGAGCUCAUUCUGGGACCCUCUUCGUCAGUUGUGGGCGACGUCUGAUCCUGUGAAAGAGAAGGAAUUGCGCCAAGCUGUCAAAGGAGCCGUUCUCACCUUCGAAGCGACCAAGGGCCAGUAUCUGGGCGGCGAGCCAGAGCCGAACAAAAUUGACGAGCCUGCGACUUAUCAUCUUGACUAUGCGCUGAUGUCCAGGCCGGGGAAUGCUGAGAUCCAGCUUGAUCUGUUCAAGGACUAUGGGACGAAUGUCGUGCUUUAUCCCAAGUUCCAGGAGUAUCUGCGCGAGAGUCAAGUGCCCGUGCUGGCGGUUUGGGGCAAGAAUGAUAUCAUUUUCCCUCCAGCCGGUGCUGAGGCUUUCAAGAGGGAUGUGAAGGAUUUGAAGUUGGUAUUGCUCGAUGGUGGGCAUUUCUUGGUCGAAAGCCAUACACAAGAGAUUGGCAGGUUGAUGCUGGAAUUUCUGGAUAGCAAGAUAUAAAUAUCUCUUGGUAAAGUUGGAUUGGGCAAUGCUGGUUUCAUGUUUCAUAGUACCAUUUGAUAGUAAUGAUGGUUUUUAUGGCGGUUCAUAAUGCGUACCAUUUCUGUUUGCAUUCAUGACCGAACCUUCAUUUAUCAAUCGGAUGCGCCAAGGCAAGGCUGGGUGUUGUUGCAGCUGUCCUGGACCUCGGUGCUGACGAAGAGUGAAGACCUUGUGUUACGACCUCCAGAGCAUGAUCUGCUUCUACUCCGAAGUCCGUGGGUCAAGUUCAAAAGA